AUGGUUUCUUCCGACGCUGAGUAUGAUGGCCUACAACAAGCCUUGGAAGAGUCGCGCCUGAUGGCCCAAGGGUCUUCGAUUGGCCCCGCCGCUGCGGCGAACACGAAAGCAUCAGGUUCAGGUUCAAAGUCAGUUUCCAAGGGAAAGACGCCGGCCAAGUCUACAAAUGAGAGGAACAAGACUUCCGCAAGGGCCCGCGAGUCCAAUUCCGCCCCUUCAUCAUCGUCCGCAAUCGCGUCUUCUCUGAUCGUCGAUGAUGAGCCGGAUGCGGGGGACUGGACACCAGCGCGCGCGGCAAGCUUGAAUACGCUCAAGGCUCAACUGGCCGCACUUGAAAUCGAACGUGCGCGUACAGAUGAGGCGCUCGCAGCACUCAAGAGGCAGAAGGCGGAACAGACUGCACGUGCCGAAGAACUUGAGGGACAGAUUGCCGCAUUAUCUUCGGGCAGCGAAGGGAAGGGCAAGGCGCGGGCGAAUGGGAGGGAGGACUUUAUGACGGAACGCGACUGGACUCGUACACUCAAGAAGAAGAUGUCGGAGGUAUUCGAUAUACCCGGGUUUCGGCUCGUGCAGGAAGGGGUCUGCAACGCAAAUAUGGCUGGGCGCGAUAUCAUUUGCAUCAUGCCCACGGGUGGUGGCAAGAGCUUGACGUACCAGCUACCCGCAUUGCUACAGCCAGGCUGUACACUCGUGAUCAGUCCACUGCUUGCACUCAUCACCGAUCAGAUCAUGCAUCUUCGCGAAAAGAAUGUUCAGGCGGAGAUGUUCACGGGUAGCGCAACCACGGCGAAGAAGAACGAGAUCAAGCAGCGCCUUAUAUGUGCAGCUACCGGCGCACAUGAUGCGCAGGGUGAGCUCAAGCUCCUCUAUGUCACGCCAGAGAAAGUCUCUAAGAGUAAACAGUUCUUCGCACAGCUGACAAAGCUUGCGGAGGCUGGCAAGCUCUCCCGAGUCGUUAUCGAUGAGGCCCAUUGCGUCUCUCAGCUCGGUCACGACUUCCGACCUGACUACAAAGAACUGAGCAAGAUUCGCACCCACUUCCCGCACGUACCAAUACUCGCACUCACGGCAACUUGUCCGCCCGCUGUUCUGAAAGACAUCAUCAAGAUCCUACAACUCAGACCCAUUACGCCCGGUAACGUCGAGAAACCCGCUCAAGCCGACAAAGUCAUCCAGCACAUGGCCGACUGGAUUCUGGCGCGCCACGCUGACGAGAGUGGAAUCGUCUAUUGCUACACCAAGGCAGAGACACAGAAGGUCGCCGAUGCUCUGCGUGAGGCGAGUCAGGGUCGCAUUUCUACAGGUGUUUACCACGCGGAUAUCAAGGACCACGAGAAGGAACAGUUACACGAACGUUGGCGUGCUGGUCGUAUCAAGGUCGUCUGCGCGACAAUCGCCUUCGGUUUGGGAAUAGAUAAGGCGGACGUGCGAUUCGUGAUUCACCAUACGAUGAGCAAAUCCCUGGAGAACUACUACCAGGAGUCCGGACGCGCGGGACGCGAUGGAAAGGAUGCUGACUGUAUCCUCUACGUUCGCGCACAAGAUGCCUUCGGAUACGCGGAUAUCAUCAAGAACAACGAGGGCGUGCGCAAGGUCGAGGAAAUGCUCCGCUUCGGCUUCGAUGUUGAGAAAUGCCGCAAAGUAGCUUUCGCGCAGCACUUCUCUGAAUCGGCUGAUCUUUCACUUACUGCUUGGGCCGACGACGGCGAUGCGUCUGGUGCACUGGGACGAUGUGGACACUGUGACAACUGCACGCGAGCACCGGACUCUAUCGUCUCACGCGACAUCACCGAAGAUGGCUGGCGAGUCCUCAACAUCGUGGCGAAGGGUGUCCAAUCCGUGGUCAACCUUACCCUCGCGGACGUCGCAGGGGCGCUACGCGGUACAGGACCGAAGGCAAAACAGUUCAAUCUCACAGCAACAUGCGGAACCAGUACCCUCAGCCCGCGCCUAGCCGAACUCGUUGUCAUACGUCUGUUGCUGACAGACUACCUCCAGCAGAAGUAUGUCGGGAAUGCGUACAGCACCAACGCAUAUCUUGUGCCGGGAAAGUACGCUCCUGGCCUCCUUGGUCUGCGCGGAGAUAGCGAGAAUUGGCCGACUCGCCUCGAAGCGCGAUACGUCGAGGCCGAGAAGACGAGGAGGAAGAGUGGCGCUGCGGGCAAAGGACGUGCGGAAGCGAAGGGAAAAAGAAAGCGUGGGAAUGAAGAAGAGGUGGAGGACGAUGUUGAGGACGCCGACGAAGUCGCAGACAGCGACGUGCCCCGCCGCAAGGCGCGCAAAUCUACAUCGCGUAAGAAGACAAAGCCUACGGAACCCGAGGACGAUGACGACGAUUGGGACGCGGUUAGCGACACCGAGCCGCCAGUGAAGACGCCGGCGAAGAGCAAGGGAGACAGGGCAUCGCCUCAGCCACUGAUGCGCGCGUUUGCGGCUGCGCAACGGGCGUCAGGUUCUGGCUUGCGUGCUCCGGCGUCUGCUUCUCGCCCACGCAAGCCUACUUCGGCUGCCAAGCCGCGUGCGCCGGGUUCGAGCUCGAAGCAACCUGUGGAGGUCCAAUCGAGCGACGCGGAAGAGGUUGAACCAGAGCUUCGCCUGCCAUCUAAGCGCGCGCGCCGACGAUCCGACGAAGUGCAAACGAGCGACGCAGAGGAGCAAGAAGAACAGGACAUGCUGUCCGACUUCAUCGUUGCUGAUGACGAUGAGCCGUCGCCACGGAAGAAGCGGCGAGCUGUAGCUGCCGCGGAUGAAGACGAUGAUGAUGAAGACGAUGCACGUAAACUCGUGGCGGACCUCAACCGCGCAGCAGCGUCUGGACCAGGCGGUUCGUCCGAUGUAGAGGAGGGAGGCUGGGACCGUGUAGUACGCGGUGCUCCUUCGAGGAGAAAGGCCAAGCCGCGGCCGUCGACGACGUCCACUGUGCGGCAGACCGAGCUCGAGAACGGUGUCCUCGAGCUGUCGGACUCGGAUUAG